AUCUCAUUCCAAUAUCUCAGAUCCAUCCAUAGCUUUCCCUUGAUCCUUUCUCACUCUUGUUCUUCCAUUUUAGUAUGUAAUAUCUCGAUUUUCGAAAGUAUGUAAGUUACAGGAUGAAUCAGAAGUGGUUUCGGACGACGAUGGGGAAGAGGAUUCCGGUGAGGGAUUGGUUAGGGUUUCAAAACUCCAUAGUAUUACUCGUGGGUGGAAAUCACACCUCCUCCAGGUUUUGUACUCGAUCUCUAGAGUUAAUUAACUUCGUUACUUCAAUCAAACGAGAUUGUUGUAAAACUGUGCCGAAUUGCAAAGGUUUUGCAAUGGAUUUCAAUGUCCUGAAAUGGCAGAUCCUACGAGGAUCGCUCGCCUGGCGUUUGAUUCUCAGAGCUAUGUUUUUUGUGGUCGCCAUGGUUGUUCUCUCGUUCACUCGAAUUGCCAACGAGAUCCGAACAACUGAUCCCAUUUUGCUGAAUUUCGAUAAAUGUUCGUUAAACAUCGGCUCAAUCGUGAACACACAACUCAAAACCCCUAGGGUUUCACUUUCACAAGAAGAGAUCUCCAUUCCAUGUGUGGAUGGUACCAAUUUGACUGUUAGUGUGAUUAGAGAGCUGAUGAACAAGGAGAUGUUAAACCUUGAUGCAAGAUCCUUGUGUGUAGGGAAGGAUUCGGAUUCGAUUGCCUUAACAAUGCGAGAAUUAGGAUUCUCUAAUGCAUUCGGUGUCCGUUCGAACCCUCUUUUAUCCCUUUUGAGGAAACAAUUUCACCACAAACUGGAUUUCGGUUCCAAUUCUUUCGAUCUUGUGUUCUCCGUAACUCCCGAUAAGGUUUCUGUUCCAGCUCUUCUUGUACUAGAGAUUGAACGCAUUUUACGACCUGGUGGCGUUGGCGCCAUGCUUGUGGGUUCCUCGACCUUCCAUACCCGUAGCUUGGUAAGGUCUGCAACCCCAGUUUCGUUGCUCUUGAGAAACUCCGAGAUCCUCCAUGUUUGUGGGAUUGGAUCCUUUACCCUAAUCGUGUUCAAGAAACGAUUAGAGAAUGUUGCUUUCUUUGACGACUACAAGCUUCCUAACGACUGCCCAUCUAUAUCGAAAAACAAGCCUUUUAUGAAAUCUAUCGAGCCUCUUGUAGAUCAAAAUUCAGCACGAUUUCAGGAGCUUUCGUAUCUACCCAAAUUUCUGAAUGUUUCAUCGAGGAAUAGGCUGAUUUAUAUCAACAUGGGGGCAGUGGAAUUCGAUCACCGUUAUCCUAUCCAUCCUGAUGCUUUCAAUGUUUAUGUGGUUGAUCAUAAUGUAUCUGCUCUCACUUCCCAUGUCAAAAAGCCCGGUGUCACCUUCGUUUAUCAUCCGGGUCUUGAUGAAGAUGAUGAAAUCGCUCCUAGUCUCAUGUCUGUCGAUUAUCUUGAGGCUCCAUUGCACGAAGAACAGUUUGAAUUCAUCGACUGGUUCAAGGAAACCGCAAAAGAUGGAGACUUUGUGGUGCUUAUGAUGAAUGCAGGAGUAAGGCAAUUGAAAGUUCUGUUCGAGUUAUUUGUAAGUGGAGCGAUUUGCCAUGUCGAUGAGCUCUUUCUUCGCUGUUCUGAUGGGGUCGAUUGCAGAACGAGUUACUGUAGGGACUGCACAAGUCUUUAUAACGGUCUUAGAAAUGCCGGUGUUUUCGUCCACCAAUGGUUAGGGGACUGAAUCCAUUCGGUCGUUAGUUGUUGUGUGAAGAAUAACUCAAGGUUAAUAAGCCGUGUAGUCGGUAUCUCGUGUACGAAAGACCUUGGUACUUGUUCCUUCAUGGAGGGUAUGUAUGUGUUUCCCUUGUAAUAGUCUAUGUUUUGAAAUUCCAAGUGAAGUGUGUUUCUUUUA